UCCACCACUUACCUAGCUUCUUGCAGCUGGCUUCCCCCAAUUUCACGAGUAAGACUAUCUUCCAAGAUUCCAAGACCAAGGACCAUAGUCUCUCACCCUGGUAGAAACCUCCACUAUAUAAGCUGCAGCCCCAGUCAUCAGAAUUAUCAGUUCACUCUUGGAUUUCAAACAUGAAGGUUCUUGUUUGCACUCUGUUCCUGGCAGCCGUUGUGCUGGCCGAUGAGAAGAAAGUCGAUGACGUAGUCGCGGCUGAACCAAAGUCAGAUUCUGUGGCCGCUGAGCCAGCAAAGGACACCAAGACUGAGAAGAGGGGGCUAUAUGGACUUGGUUACGGAUAUGGAGGCGGAUACAGCAGCGGUCUCUCUCACGGUCUUGGAUACAGCAGCGGUCUCUCUCACGGUAUCGGCUACAGUAGCGGUCUCUCCCAUGGUAUCGGCUACAGCUCUGGUUACUCCGGUCUGAGCGGUCUUAGCCACGGAGGCUACGGAAGCUAUGGAUCAGGCUAUGGAAGCUACGGAUCAGGCUACGGAUUGGGCUACGGAUCAGGCGGCUACUCGCACGAAGGCUACGUUAAGGCAGUGACCAUCCACAAGGAGGUCCCCGUGCCACAUCCUUACCCUGUACCUGUGCCAGUUGAGAAGCAUGUGCCAUACCCUGUCAAGGUCCCAGUCGCUGUGCCAGUGGACAGGCCUUACCCUGUUCAUGUGCCAAAGCCUUACCCCGUGCCAGUUGAGAAGCCAGUUCCCUACCCAGUUGAGAAGCCUGUACCUUACCCAGUCAAGGUUCCAGUGAAGGUACCAGUUGCCCAGCCAUACCCCGUUGCCGUUCCCAAGCCCUACCCCGUGCACAUUGAGAAGCCAGUAGCCGUUCCAGUUCCUCAGCCAGUCUACGUUCACAAGCCAGUUCCCGUUGUCGUCAAGAGUCACGGUUAUGGAGGUGGUUACGGAAGCUACGGAGGUUAUGGAAGUGGCUAUGGAUCUUAUGGAGGAGGUCACGGCAGCUACUCAAGCUACGACUCUGGUCUCAGCUACGGAGGUUACUCCGGUGGAUACGACAGCGGUUAUGGCAGCUACCACCAUUAAGUUACUUGCCAGUAACCGUUACUUGUAACUGUGACAGUUACAGCCUCAAUGAUCUUCAACUUACCAUCAUAUAUUUAGGAAAACUACCCAAAAAUACUCUCCACUCUCGGUACCUGUUACUGAAAAGUAGCCGUUACCAUCAGUAACCGUUACUGUUUGUAACUGUUCCUCAAUUUCUCCUAACUUACCAAAAAACAACACCACUUCCCUUUUCUUAUCCUUCCAGCAAUUACAGAUAACUGAGUUGUAAUACGAUAACAGUUAUCAGUUACUGCUACUCUGAUGAUCUUCAUUUCUCUUUUUUUCACAAAAAUGUCCUUGAGUCACCUACUCCUAAUAUUUUCACGCCUUCCAGUUACCAUGAGUGAACUAUCAUAGCCAUCAUAUUUGUCAUAAUUCUUGCCUUAUCAUAGGUCAAUUAUGUUUGACCACUGUCAUUAGUUUGUAAGUCUUAUUUCUCAUUUGUACCUCGACAGUUUUUAUUGUAUUAUACUGUUUAAUUUUGUAAAUAAAUCCCGGAUACCUGGUCCAACCAAU